CACCAGCUCUGUGUAUAUAUAAAUGGUCAGGGGAGGGCCUCCCUGAUCCCCAAAUGCCUGUCCCCGGCCCCUGAUACAUCCUUAAACCUCCCAUAAGCCUUCGUCUCCUUCUCUUCCUUUCUAACUGCUCCGGCCUCUCCUCCGUCUCCGGCUACGGGAGGCGAGAGACGCGCGCGGGCGCGCAGCUGCCGCGGCGCCGGGAUUCUGCCAUUGGAGCCGAGCGUCGAUCGAAGCCGGAGGAAGAUAGCUUCUGCCUGCCGCUACGACUCGACCUCUAUCGCUCAAGGUUUCCCUGGGAAAAAAGGGCAAGGGGAUUGGGAGCAGUGGUCGCAGGAGGAGAAGAGGAAGAUGAUGAUGACCGAAGUGGCCAACCACAGCAAAAGGAACCACACCGACAGCUACUUCAGUGGGAAGCAGGCCGUCGCCACCAGCAGCGGCUCGGAGGAGUUCGUGGGCAUGGGGUCGAAGAAGCCGAGGAACGCGAGCCCCAGGGGCGGCGGCGGUCCCAUAUCGCCAAAGGAGAAGAAGGACAAGGUCGGCGAGAGAGUUGCGGCGCUGCAGCAGCUGGUGUCGCCGUUCGGGAAGACGGACACUGCUUCUGUUCUUCAGGAGGCGUCAGGCUACAUCAAGUUCUUGCACCAGCAGCUGGAGGUUCUUAGCUCCCCGUACAUGCGCGCUCCGCCGGCGCCCGGCGCCGAGCCUGAGGACCCAGACCACUACAGCCUGCGGAACCGCGGGCUGUGCCUGGUGCCGGUGGAAGAGACGCUGCAGCUGACCCAGAGCAACGGCGCCGACCUUUGGGCGCCGGCCAACACCACCAAGCGCAGAUAAACCGAAGAAGCUCGCGCGCUUCUAUCUUCGCAAACCGGCCAAGAAAGAGCCUGGACGACGACGGCCGCAACAAUCGUUUCUCUGAACCUGAACGUACCCUGUCCUAUCAUCGGUGGUAAUGUGUAAUCGUAAGUAUAUAGCGAAACGACGCACCGCCGAACGAUCGAUCGAUCGACCUGUGUGUGUCUGUGUAAACUCUGUGGUUUAACAUGGUAGCGACCUGUUGCUGUCGCUGACUAAUUAAAAUCAGCAGUUCGAUGCA